UUAUUUAUUCCAAUUCAAUUUCCAAGAUCUAGUACUUUUGCAAAUUAUCAUUGUUUUUUAUUAAUUAAAUAUUAAUUCUGUUUUAUGGUUAGAUUGCAAGAUCUCUGGACUCUGGCACUGAGAACUUCGGGAAGUAUGGCAAUUAUCAUUUCUGAUCGGAAAUCAUUGCAUUACAGCAUUCGCGACAGUUUGGACAACACACAAUAUUCCCCUGUCGAGUUAGAGGCAGCCAUCUACGCCGCAUCCAAGUUUGCCGCACAGUCUCGAACCUUUUCCGUCAACAUGUGCAGCAAAAUUGUCGAGAUGAUUCAGGGACUGGUCACACCUGUAAAUAUCAAGCUCAAGCUCAUCCCCAUCUUGCAGUACAUGCACCAUGUUGCUCACUUGGCCGCCAUGGUUCGACGUUUGUGCGCACAGCUCUUGCCCAGCUACCCUGCCCAAUAUUUCGUCUGUGUGACACUAUACACACUGACGCUGCUGGCUAGUGAAACUCUGGUCAAAAUCCCUCAGCAGCUACUCCUGCUUCUAGAAUAUUUGUGCGAUUCCAGGACUGUCCAGGCUCAAGUUUUGUCUGACUUAAAAUUUUGAUUGUUAAAGGCGCUCAUCCUCCAUCAUUGGCCUACUGCUAGAUCAACCUCACCCCGAAUUGCAGAGAAGAACGCUGGACUUUCUAGUAACCCGCUAGCCAUGGCUGUUUUAUCCUGCCAA